GAAGUUGUCGCUCAAUGAGUUUCGCGAGAAAUACGAAAUCCCUCGCAUUCCUGUAAUACUGACCGGUCUUACCGAUAAAUGGCAGGCUCAUGAAAAAUGGACGGUUUCGAGGAUUGCCAAAAAAUACCGUAACCAGCGGUUCAAGUGCGGUGAGGAUGACGACGGUUAUUCGGUGAAACUGAAAAUGAAAUACUAUGCAGACUACAUGGUGAACAAUGUGGAUGAUAGCCCUCUAUACAUAUUUGACAGUGGAUUCGGCGAUAUUUCGUCAUUCCGCCAUUCUUCAAAGAUGAUCCUGUUCAGUUAUGCUGAUCACAAGAAGCGACCUCCCCAUAGAUGGUUUGUGAUGGGCCCAGUUCGAUCUGGUACAUCCAUUCACAUUGAUCCCCUCGGGACUAGCGCUUGGAACGCUUUGAUCAAGGGACAUAAGAGGUGGGUGCUUAUCCCACCGGACGCGCCUCGAACACUAGUUAAGCCGUACCAGUCAGAGAAAGGUAAACAUCCGGAUGAGGCGACAACCUGGUUCAUGACGGUUUACAAUCGUGUUCGUGCAUCAACGUGGCCUAAAGAAUAUCCUGUAAUUGAGGCGCGUCAAGGUCCGGGCGAAACGAUUUGGUGGCGAGCGUCCGUGAUUAACGAGGAUAACACCAUUGCAAUUACCCAGAAUUUCUGUUCCAUAGCGAAUUUACCGCAAGUCUGGCCAAAAACAGUAAAGGGCAGACCGAAACUCAGUAAACACUGGUUUAAGAGGCUUAACCAAGAACGACCUGAGUUGAUCCCCAUUAUGGAGCAGUCAAUGCAUGGACCAGCAGAAGAUGACUCGAGUAGCGACUCGUCGUCGAGCAGUCCUAGAGGCAGUGACAUGACACAAGUUCAGAUAUAG